AUGUUGAGGCAGAGUGUACUUGUCAGAAACAAGAUCAUACCGAUACUGCGGAGGUGUUUAUCAGUCACUCGAUAUCACUGCAAGCUGCAACCAUCGCCGCGAAAGGGUGAUUACGAUUUCAUUCGCGAAGAGAUACGAACGGAAGCAGAUAUCGCUCGCAAACUCAUCCCUGACAAGCUAGUUCAAGACUCGGAUCGUUUCGAUAUUGAGGAAGAGGACGAGGAUGGUGACUUGUCCCCGUAUAGAAAUGCAGAUGGGGGCUGGAGACACGGCGAUAAUGCCACUGAGGCUCGGUUAAAUGAGAAAACGCUCGCGGGCAAAAUGGAUCAUUCGAUUGCCAAACUUCCUCGUGAGAUUGCUAAAACGAUCCAAAACAACAUCCUCGUUACGACAAUACCGGCCAAGCUCCGGGAGCAAGUAGCUUCGCUCUACGAGGACCUUCAGCAGAUCCAAAUCCAGCAAAGUCCGCUGUCGCCACUAGAAUGUAAUACACAUAUUGCAGCGUUGUUUCUUCAGGAUUUUAGCCACGUCAAGCAAGCCAUUUUGGAGCUUCAAAAGAGGGUCGGCAAGGAGCAGUUUAAUCCGCAGAGAGUUUUGGACGUGGGAUAUGGACCCGCGACUGGUAUCGUGGCGUUGAAUGAUGUCAUGGGCGACGAAUGGGUCCCAAGGGAGAAAGAUGCAUAUAUUGUGGGCAGGAGGAAUAACGAAAUGAAGAAACGAGCAAAGAUUAUUUUAUCUCGCCAGUUGAAUGAAAAUUUCUCCAAUGAGGGAGAUAAAGAUAAAGAUAAAGAGGAGGGAAAAGUUGUUGGAGAAGUUGUCGAAAAUGACGACCCCGUUAACGAGUAUCUUGGCCCCAUCGAUACAAAGAGGAUAAACAUUCGAACAAGGUUGAAAGAUGCGCUUCCCGUGACAAAGAAAUACGACCUCAUCAUCGUCCACCACUCGUUAUUGUCCAAGGAGUACAAUUUCCCCGGCGAUGUCGACCAGAAUCUAAGAAUGGUUUUGCAGUUGCUUGCUCCUGGAGGCCAUUUGAUCUUGGUUGAGCGGGGCAAUGCGCUUGGCUCAGAAAUCAUCACCAGGGCUAGACAAGUCAUGAUACGUCCGGAAAAAUUCCCCCUGGAAUUGGGCAAGAUCCCUCGCCCCUACAUCAAGGGUUCAUCUGGCAAGCCGCAACGGUUGAAGAAAGAAGGUGCCCUUAUAAGUGAUGCUGAUAUUGAUUUCGAAAGGGAAAUGUUGGCUCAGCUAGACGCGGAAGAAGCUAGAGAAAUGGGGGUCAGUUUAGAAGAGGAGAUUAAUGCCAAACACGGACAAGUGGAUGAAAGUGAUUUGAAAUUUGAAGAAGAAGAUAGUGACGAGUAUGACGUGUUUCAUGUUGAUACCCCCGUUGAAGACAUGCAUGGGAAAAUAGAUUAUCACCUUAAAAUCGUUGCUCCUUGUCCACACCAUAGAAAAUGCCCCUUGCAAUUGGGAGAUCCCAAGUAUUUUAAAAUUCCUUCGCAUAAACACAGAUUGGAUUUUUGCUCGUUUUCCAAAGUUGUUGAAAGGCCAGAGUAUACCAUGGAGUUGAAAAAGGGGAAAACACUCGCUGCCAAAUGGGACAAGAGUGCCAUUGACGGCAAGGGGAGCUUAUCUCGUGGAGAAUUGAAAAAACUACAGGGAAGUGGCCGACCCGGAGGCAGAAACACCGAAGAUGGUUCGUUUGCGUAUCUCAUUGCUGAACGAAGCUUAGAUGACGCGGAGACGAUUGCCCAGAUUGACAAUUUACGCCAGCACAGCAAUCACGACAAUUCACCCGUGGACAGCGAAGCUAUCGAGACUUGGCCGCGGAUAGUGACUCAGCCGGGCAAAUUGAAAAAGAAUGUCAAAUUGACCGUUUGUUCAAGUGAAGGAGAUAUCGAGACGUGGCAGAUACCAAAGUCGUUUGGCAAGGAAGCCUAUCACGAUGCAAGAAAAGCCCAAUUGGGAGACUUGUGGGCGUUGGGGAAAAAAUCAAGUGUGAAAAGGCAAACUAUUAGCGACAAGACCAAGGAAAAGUUGGAAGCGUUGUACAAGACUCAAAAAAAGACAUUUUUGAAAGAGCAGAAGAAGAAGAUUUGGAAAAGGAAAACUGGGGUCAGCAGUGAGGAGUUUGAUGAUGGGUUCCUUGCUACUGAAAUCAUGGCUGCCCAGUUGGAAAGCAAGCCAAAGUAUCGCAAGCAGGGCAAGAGGUUGGAUAUCGACCCGGAGAGCUACGAAGGUUUGUAA